AUGCUUCUGCAAGAGUCGUGGAUAGCUCAUACGAAAACCCGCUGUCUGACCAAAACGCAUCCGGCAUACGACAUAUGUACUCCCGUCGAGAUAUGGGACACUGACCAGAUCCGACCCUUUCAAACUCGCGAUAUUCUUUGGAUUAUGAUCAAUAGCUUGAUGGUGGUCAACUUCAAUCGCCAGAACGACGAGAAAGACGCCCUCAUUCUCGACCUCCUCAAUACUGUUGGAAUCCAGAUAAAUCCGCAUGGCAACACAAUCGACCUCGACCUCGCUUUUACUAACAUUCCCCUCGCUGAAGCCAUUGUCGAAGACCAUCUCGCCACUAGCUCGGACCACCUCACCCUCAGUGUGACCCUCCCCGACAUCAAACCCGCUCCGAUACAGCCGGGUAAGAUUCGACUGACAACAGAAGAUGAGCUAAAACGAUUCGCCGAGAUUGUAGAGCUUGGAGCCAUAAACAUAACCCUCACAGAUUCGACGCCUGCGGAGCUGGGCAAUCUUACAAAGGUGGCCGCCCAGCUCUCUGGUAGCCAGAAGAGCACGCCUACGUGUGACGGUUAG